UGAAACACCUUGAAGGCUAUUCCAACACACGGCCUCCCAACCCAAAUUACCUGAGACUUUCAGAUUACCUCAGCCAAGCUAAGCACCAAGUUCAUCUAGCAGUUCGAUCAGUCCGCGCCGCCCGUUAAAAAAAACUCGCAAAAUGGCCGCCGCAGUCACCAGCGCCUCCCUGCGCGCCGCUCUGGCCGCGCGCCUCCCGCGCAUCGCUGCCUCCGCCUCUGUCCAGUCCGCUUCCGCGUCCGCCAGCCUGCUUCCACGCGCUACGCGCCAGUUGAGGCAGGACGGCGGCAGACGGGCCUCGCAUGUCGUGUCAGCUAGCGCUGCUGCCGAGGGAUCGGCUGAUGGCUCCGUAUCUGUAGCCGCAGCGCCGGACGCCGCUCCUGCUGCUACCACCCCUGAUGUGUGCAGCCUAGCCGAGGGCUUGGAGCUGAGAGUUGGGCGCAUUAUCAAGGCAUGGAAGCACCCCGAGGCGGACAGCCUGUACGUGGAGGAGGUGGAUGUGGGGGAGGAGGGCGGCCCGCGCACUAUUUGCAGCGGCCUCGUGAAAUACGUUGCUGAGGAGGACAUGCAGGAUCGUCUGGUGGUGGUCCUUGCGAAUCUCAAGCCGCGCAACAUGCGGGGCGUCAAGUCCAACGGCAUGCUUCUGGCAGCUUCGGAUGAAAGCCACGAGAACGUGGAGCUCCUCUCGCCGCCUGCUGAAUCUGUGCCGGGCGAGCGCGUCUGGUUCGGCGCUGAGGCUGACGGGGCCACACAAGCAGCUGCUGCCACUCCGAACCAGUUGCAAAAGAAGAAGGUGUGGGAGGCGGUGCAAUCACAGCUGAAGACGACAGAGGAGUGUGUUGCUACGCUACUGGACAAACCCAUGCGGGUGGCAAGCGGUGUCAUCACGUGCAAGUCGCUGGCUAAGGCAAAUAUCGGCUGAAACAUAAGCAGGCUGUAUGCUAGUUUUGGCUUGAUAUCUGGUGCUGUUAUAAAAAAAUAACAGUACAGGAGAAACAGCAACUAAAAAAGUACAGUACUGUCUGGGCACGUUAUGUACCAACAAGAAGAGCCUGUCUUCGUAGCUGGUAACCAAUAAUUUCGACGAAAGGCU